AUGCGUGUUGACCGUUGUGACUUCUCGGGGUUCAAGGUCUACCCCGGCCGUGGCCGUACCUACGUCCGCGGUGACUCGAAGACCUUCCGCUUCGUGACCGCCAAGGCCGAGUCGCUCUUCCUCCAGCGCAAGAACCCCCGCAAGAUCGCAUGGACCCAGGUCUACCGCCGCAUGCACAAGAAGGGCAUCACUGAGGAGGUCGCCAAGAAGCGCAGCAGGAAGAACGUCAAGGUUCAGCGUGGUGUUGUCGGUGCCGACCUCGCCUCGAUCCUCGCUAAGCGUACCGCCAAGCCCGAGGUCCGCGCCGCUGCCCGCGCCGCCGCCAUCACCAAGGCCAAGACCCAGAAGAAGGAGAAGGAGGCCACCAAGGCUUCGCGCCCCCAGGGUGCCUCCGCCCCCAAGAUCUCGAAGCAGGCUGCCAAGGGCGGCAAGGGCGGCCGCUAA